AUGCAGACUCGCAACAAGGCGGCGCGGAUUUCCCCCUCACAGUCACCGGAAAAGCCUUCUGCAGCAGUCGCCGAGUCGCCAUCUCCAGAAGGAGUGGACGACAGCGGAUUUUGGGACGAGGAGAAGCAGGUUGGGAAGAAGCGGACUCGCGGCGGAGGACAUUUCGCGAGGAAGACCGCGAAUCGAGGAAUGGUAGCGGGUACUGCGGUAGGCGAAGCCGAAGAAGAACCCGUCGGACGGGUCACUCAAGCGCGGAGGCGGAUUCAAGGUGUUGAAGCUGCUCGCGGGAACUACCCAUCGCCAUCCCCUGAGCUACAUCGCUCGCCCGAAAAGGUCGCUACCUUCAACGAGACUUCCGCUUCGCAAAACCCGCCCAAACCCCGCUCUUCCAGGCCCUCACCGCAGUGGCUGUUCGACGUCGAUCCCGUGUUGGCCAGCUCCAACGCCGAAGCGGAGGGAUCAGAGCCUUCGAAGCAGCGGAAGACCAGUCUGCUUGCUAGUCCCGAGAAGCCGCAAGCUGUCGAUCGCGCAUCGAGCAUCGUAGGUCGGCACAAGCACAAACCCGUCGUCGUCAGUAGGUCCCCGUCCUCAGGCACCCUUUUGCAUCGACGGCCGGAGAACGCGUCGUUUUUCGAAGUGAUCGUUAAGGACGACGCCUUCGCGAUCAUCACCGCGACUUGCGACUUGCGAGCGAGGAAAGCGCGCGGCCUCGUCGUCCCUGCUCAGGUUCUCUACCCGCUUCGCGUCCUCCGCAGCACCGAUGCUUGGCCUUUCACUCUCUAUCGCUUCCCUCUACCCUCUCUAGUGACAGCCGAGACGCUCAGCAGCGUCAACGUCGCUUGCUACGAGCGAGUCUUCGCGGGACCCACGGAAAACGCGAAGGUCGACGCGCUCUCGGUUGGCCACCAGGACUCGGAGGCAGAAGCAAAUAAGUGGGACGAAGGGCGAGCGGUCCACUGGCUUUUGGAGGUCUCGAAGGACAGGGCGGAGUGGGUUAUCAAGUGA